AUGAUUGAUCCCGAAUCACUUUCUUUUUACUGGGAAAAGUAUUGGAAGAUAAAACUUGUAGAAGAUAGACAAGCAAAAUUUCAAGUUGAGGAAUGGUGUGCCUUGCAUUUGAAAAAUAAUAUUUUAAAUCAUGAAGAGAAAACAAAGGCUCAAGAUAAAACUCAUCACGGUUUAAAUAAUAUUUUAGAAAUUUGUAAAUAUUGGAUUCUACAUGAUUGUUUGCAGGAACAUUUGGAAUAUUUACAUGAUUGUAAUUUUAAAUUUAUUAGAGAUGUUUGUUUCGGAGAGUAUUGGGAUUUGAUGUUAAUCGAAUAUGUCAAGUAUCGAUGGAUUGAAGAAGUUUUUGAGCGAGAAGCAUUGAACAGAACAACCACAGCGAAAGGAGAAUCAGAGGCACAACAAGAGAAUUUACUCAUUAACAAAUCAGUGUUAGAAUCUGUAAAGAAGAAUAACUCAAUUUCAGACAUUGAUUUUGAUCAAAGCAAGAAAAUAACAAGCUACUAUGCUAAAUCCAUACACAAAAAUUAUGUACUCGAAUUACUACAGGAUCAACAUUUAGAAUCACAAACCGAACAUGAGUUGGAGCAAAUAUGGCAAUCCUUUCCUGAUAUCUACAGCAUAGAUACUACAAACAAUGUUAUCAAAAAUCAGCAACAAUUGCUCAAAGUAUUGCUCUAUCAAACUCUUCAAUACGUGACAAGGAAUUAUGGAGGUGUUUCGACAGAAUUUUUGGAAAAUACCAACAAACAAGCACAAGAAGCCUUAAAGAAAAGAGUUGAUCUGAACAAGCUUAUUGAAAAGCUUUGUACAUAUAUUAGGAACUUUCAAAAACAAACUUAUUCUAUUGAUCUUACUUCGUUCUUGUGGAAGGAUACUGUAGCAGAGAAAGAAUUUCAACUGGAACGAGAAAAUUAUCUUUCCAAAGUCAGAUAUUCAACUUUAGACAAUUGCCACCUUGAUGAAGUUCAAAAUGUGGACGAAGAAGAAAUGAAACAACAAUUUAUUGAAAGAGUUCAAUCAAUGUAUAGAAACAUUUUAGAAAACGAUCCCCAAAUUAAGGAAAUGAGGAAAAAACCGCUCAUCUCUCAUGGAGAAUUCAACCCAAAAUUAGUUGAAAAAUUCAAGUAUAAGACUGCGUUUUACAACAUUUAUUUUCAUGUCAUUUACUCGGAGUUUGUUCCAUUGAUUGAGAAAGAAAAUUUGAAUCGAAUCCUAACUCUCAUGAAUAAUUGUGAAAAGACAUUUACUCAACUCAUAACAUCUUUAUUGAAACAUUCCAAAAGGACGCUCCCCUUGUGCUAA